AUGGACGAUAUUGACAAACUAAUUAAUGCGCACGUACCAACAAAAAUAGCCAAGUUGCAAUGGGAUAUCGAAAGGACUAGUGAUUAUAUCACAAAUAAACAAUUAAAUGAUGUGGUAGCACUACAUGAUAAGGAUUUGACUUCUAAUUUGCUUAAAUUAGAUAAAUUUAUCAAUAAGUAUGAUGGAAUAUUCCUUAAACACAAGAAUUUUUUACAAAAAAAUGCAGAAUUACUAGACAAAGAUAUUAGAAUAUUAGAAAUGACUAUGGAUUUGGUACAAAGUGCUAAUGAUACUGCCUAUAGUAACUAG